UUUUAAACACAGGUGAGCACUGACUUAACAGACAGACAGGCUGGCAGCUUUACUACGGCAUCACAGAAACACACAGUAAAUGAAUGGAGAUUUACUAAAAUCAAUACUCUAAUAGAGAUUUAUGAUUUUUAAAGCAUUUAUUUUCUUCUCACAGCGAUUGUUUAUAAAGCUUGAUCUUGGAUACGGCCUUUAGAGGAUUGUGUUGCCUAUAGACCAAAAUGGAAUUACCGAAAAUGGCAAACGGUCACCAUGAACUCAUGAGCCCUGAAAAGAUGGAGAACGGAUUUGAAGACUUGAAAAACGUGACAGAAGCUGAUACGUUUCUUCCCAGUAAUGGAAAAAUACAGACAAAGUUUACAGAUUUCAAGGGGAAAACAUCUAUGGGUAUGUCUAUUUUCAACCUCAGUAGUGCCAUAAUGGGCAGUGGAAUUCUGGGACUGGCGUAUGCCAUGGCCAACACUGGCAUUAUCCUGUUUGUAAUUCUGUUGAUAAGUAUGGCUCUUCUUUCUGCUUACUCAAUACACCUGCUUCUUAAAAGCGCAGAAGUGGUUGGAAUACGUGCAUAUGAACAACUUGGGAACCGUGCAUUUGGUUCACCUGGGAAAGUCGCAGCAGCAUGUGUAAUAACAUUACAUAACAUUGGAGCAAUGUCCAGUUAUCUCUUCAUUGUGAAGAUAGAGUUACCCAAUAUUAUUCGGGGUCUUACUGGGACAACAGAAGCGUGGUAUGUUGAUGGCAGAUUCCUCAUUAUUAUUGUUAGCAUCCUUGUCAUUCUUCCACUGGCAUUGAUGAAACAGCUCGGGUAUCUGGGUUACACCAGUGGGUUCUCACUCAGCUGUAUGGUGUUCUUCCUCAUAGCUGUAAUCUACAAAAAGUUUGUAGAAAACUGUUCUGAUGGACACCAGAACACCAGCCUUAAUAUUACUCUGCUCAACCAAACAAUUCAUUUAAACUCCACCUCUGACACAUGUGAAGCUAAACUCUUUACUCUCAACUCAGAGACUGCUUUUACCAUUCCUAUAAUAGCAUUUGCCUUUGUGUGCCACCCGGAGGUUUUGCCCAUCUACACAGAACUCAAAAAUCCAAGCAGGAUGCGCAUGCAACGCGUUGCUAAUGUCUCCAUUUUGGCCAUGUUUUUCAUGUACCUGCUGACUGCCAUCUUUGGUUAUCUCACCUUCUAUGGAAAUGUGAUGUCAGAACUUUUGGAGAUGUACGGCAAAACAGACACACUGAUGCUAUGCGUUCGACUGGCUUUUCUGGUGGCAGUGACACUGACCGUCCCCGUCGUCCUGUUCCCGAUCCGCCGUGCUAUCCUUCAGCUCUUGUUUUCUGAUAAGCCCUUCAGUUGGGUGCGUCACAUCCUCAUCGCCGUAUGUCUGCUCUUUGCUGUCAACCUGCUUGUCAUCUUCGUGCCCAACAUUCGUGACAUCUUCGGCUUCAUUGGUGCCACAUCAGCUCCCAGUCUCAUCUUUAUCUUGCCGGGAAUAUUCUACCUCCGCAUCGUUCCUGAAGAACUGGAGCCUUUGAAAUCGCGACCAAAGAUUCAGGUCGUUGUGUUUGUGUUGCUGGGUUUUAUCUUCAUGAUAAUGAGCAUCACCUUCAUUAUAGUGGAGUGGGUGACAGGAAUGAAGACCACAGGUGGCCACUGACAGGCACAGUAACAUAUAAAGACCAUAUUUUAAUACCACCUGAACCCUCAAUACACACAAUUUUUUUGAGUGUAACAAGAUCUAUGUAUGGGUACUUGGUACACUCAUCAAAAUGACACUUACUUAAAGAGUUUUACAGUACGCACCAGCAGUGUUUAAUACAAGUUUUAUGUAUUGUGGCAUCGCCAAAUGCCAACUUUUUUGUAGUUUUUGUAAUCAUUCAAAAAUAAACUUGCUGUUUAGAGGUGGAGAAUGUAAUGUUUGGAUACCAAUUCUCUAGUAUUAAAAAAAAACUUUAGCAUUUGUUGAUAUUGUGUGUCAUUUUGUAUGCUAAUUGGAAAUAUGUUUUUAACACCUUGAAAAUUUAGUAAACUUGUUACACGCUGAAAAAAAUUAUAGGUGUUAUACAGUAGGUUUACAUGAUGUUGUUUUUAACAUUAUUGACUUUAAAUUCUGCUUCAUGAUUUUUUUGACCAAACAGUAAUAAAUUCUGGGUAGCACAUCGGGUAAAGGUCACUACAAAAUGGUCAUAGUAUCUGUUUCUUCUCUUCAAUAUCUGCAAGUUUUUAUCUCGGACUUAAUAAUGGUUCUUGUUGGACUUUACAUUUUUGAAGCGUAUGGUUGUUUUGUAUAGCAAUUGAUGUACAUAUUGUGAUAUGGUAAGAAAACUUUUAAAUAAUUACAAGUGUUGUACAAAGUUUGUCAUUUUAUGUAUUUACUGUAUUAUACAUUCUUUUUCUGCUACCACUGGAACCGAAUGCAAAGGAAAAAUGAAACCUACUGAAGUGAAACUUGUGGGAAGAUUUCAUAAUUCCCCUAAGAUAAAGUGCCUGAGGUUAAAAGAGAAAAAAAUCCAGCAUUUCGUGUGGAUGUAUGUUCAGAAAUACAUGUACAUUGUUCUUUGUUGAAAGAUUAAUAAAGUUUUAAAA